GCGGUUUGUUUAGCUAGCGUCAGCGCGCUGGUUUCCCUGUAUUAGCCUCAGCUAGCUGCAUCAUAACCGAUGAAGCCCAAACACGUGACCCGUUGCGCUCUCUGAAUGAAUGAGCCUCGACUUCCGGUGUCAUGAAUGUCCUCAUGACCACGCAACGGAGGUCGAGGUGGCUCCUUAUGUUGGUCACGUGAUUCAGGCACAUUAGGCUGACCAGACGUCCUCUUUUUGAGACCUACAAAAUGCGUCCGGCAGGGAUUCCAGAAACGUCCGGGAUUUUGCUUCGUCGGAUAUUUGUGUUUCUCUGGGUCUUUCACAAACUAGUAUUUACCCCUUACAAGUUUGGGAAAUGGUAUCUCCCUUACGGUCCACCUUCUUGCGCGAGCUCUGACUAGAGAGAGCAGUCAUUGGUCGACCGAUCUGUGUUGCCAGAGACACGAUAAUUACCCUCCUUUUAGGCAUGUAUAUCACACAACAGGCCGAACCAGAGACGUGUAAUCACUCGGCACCACUCACAAGCUCACAUCUGGUCACCCCAGGUCCAUGGCCCUUCCGGCCCUUGCGACUCUCGCGACCCUCGCGCCCAGCCGCUCCCGGGCGCUGGCCGGGCAGCUGGCCGGGCGGCGGGAGCAGGAGGCCCGGCGGCGGGAACAGUGGGAGCUGCACGCGCACUACUUCCGGCAGCAGGGGGUCCGCAGCCAGAAGCAGGCGGCUUGGAGCUCGCGCCAGUGCUACCAGCAGAGGAGCAACAGCCUCUGGUUCAAUGUGCAGCAUUGGGCUGGGUCACUACAUGUCAGUGUCCAGACAUCUCGAUCACCUCACAUGCAGCAUGUCGGCCUUCAACAAGCAGCGGCUGCAGGAGGAGGAGCAGGCCGGCCUGGAGCGGCGCCGCGGGCGGCUGCGGGCCGUGCUUCAGGAGGAGCGCGCCCAGCUGGAGGCGGAGCUUAGAGACGUGACCCCUGACCGGAGCUCCCUGGAGGGUCAGCUGGUGCAGAAGAAUGAAGCGCUGCGUACAGCCAGAGAGGAAAGGAGAGCAAAGCUUGCACACGAGCUGCUCAGAGAGCAUUGGAAGAAGAACAGCGCAGAGUUGCGAGAGGCCGAGUCGGCGUUACAUAAAGAUCAUGUUGUCGGCCGAUGGCAGGAGCAGAUAUCUGAGAGGAAACGGCAGGAAGUGGCCGAGCAGGACCAGACCAGACGCUUUGAAAAUGAGUACGAGAAGACCCGGAAGGCGGCGCUGGGGAGGUUGAAGCAAGCUGAGGAGAAAAAGAGCCGAGAGGAGCAGAAGAGGAUGGAGGAACUUCGCGAACAGAUGGAGGAGCUGAAGCUGAGGGAAGAAGAGGCAACUCGCUUGAAGAAGGAGCAGGAAGCUCUGCUGGUCAAACAAUGGGAGCUGGAGAAGAUGGAGGAGGACAGGAAGAAGGUGGAGGAAAGACGGAAGAAGACCGAGAUGGGGCAUUUCUUGAUCCGUCAAUAUCGUGCUCAGCUGAAGAGGAGAGCGCAGCAAGUGCAGGAGGAGCUGGAGGCCGACCGCAACAUCUUGGCAGCCUUGCUAGAAGGACAGCAGGUGGACAGGAGGAUGGAGAGCGCUCGGAGGGAAAGGGCCGUCGCCGAUGCUGCCUGGAUGAAACGCGUGAUUGAGGAGCAGCUGCACCUGGAGCAGGAGAGGGAGGCCGAGUUUGACAUCCUACACAGAAGCUCAACAUGUGUGGGAGAAACGAGAAGCCCAGUGGGAGAAGGAGAGGAGAGCCAGAGAACGGCUCAUGCAAGAGGUACUCUUGGGCAGACAGCAGCAGCUGGAGCUUACGAUGCAGAAGAACAGAGAGGCUCAGGAGGAGUCCCUGAGGAGAAGAGAACAACUGAUCCAGGACCUGGAGCUGGAGAGGGAGACCCGACGCCAGGAGGAGCAGCGAGAAGAGGGGCUCAGGACGGCCCGGAGGCAAGAGAUCGACGCUCAGGUGGAGCAGCAGCGCCAAGAGCAGUGGGAGGAGCAGUGCAGGAAACAGCAGGAAGAGGAGGAGGACAGGGAGGCCGUUCACCUUCAGGAGGAGGAGCUGAGGCUGGAGGUGCAGAAGAUGGCCAACAAAGGGUACCAGGAGAAGAUUCACAGCCGACCUCGGUCCGCAUGGACAUGAGCAUCCUGCCUGAAGCCAACAUUGUUCUACCUCCUAAAUCAAUAUGGAGAUGGCAGCAGUUAUAGCGCCCCUUAACGGUUCCUCCCGUCUUCCCACAGCCAAUCAAAGUGUCUUAUAGACUGAAUCCACAGUCCUCACUCGAUGACAACAUUCAACCGUUACCUGACCGAUCUGGGAUGCUUUCUUUCACUAGUGUUUUCUUGCUGAGCUCCCGGGAAGAGACACACACAAGGAGACAUCUUUGAAUGCAAAUUUUGAACAGAUCCAGGACUGUGAAUUUAGACCCACAAAAGUCUGACAUAUCCUUUGGUUAGGACGUCUAUUGUGCCAUUCUUAUGUUAAUAAUUUCAUUCUGGUUGUUUGCACAUGUCGGAAAGAAUGAAUGAUUUGUUUUGCACUUUGUUCUUUAGCUAUAUAUUUUUUAUAUCCUGAAUUUGUAGAUUUAAUAAAACUAUUUCAAUCCAA